AAUGAGAAGGGCAGAAGCUGUUUAUAGAGGCGGAGCGUCUCCAUGGCAUCCAGAGAAGCCUUUUGGAGCAGCUACUUAUUGACAGUCAUUCUGUUGCUUACAAAUCACAGUACCUUUGGGAUAAAAGGGCUCUGGCAGCUUUAAUAAUUUAUCCGACGGGAGAACAGUAGAAAUCCCCCUCUCCCCCUCCCUUUUUUCUUCGUUACCCCACCGAAGAGCCCCCCUCCCCCGUUUAGCUGUAAGCCUUUGGCAACAGUGGGGUUUCUUCAUAGGAGCAGGAUUUUUCCCUUACCCAUCCUCCCCAUUCUUUUCCAAUCCCCCCCCCUUCCUGCUCUCCCACAAUUCCUGAAUGUUGGACCUGCCUAUUUUGACUUCCACUGGCAUGACUGACGGCUGGCUAAAUAUGCAGUCAGAGGAAGAAAAAAGUCAGGACAAUAGCAUAAUGGAUUCGGGCAACCUGGACGACAGCUUGACCAGCCUACAGUGGCUUCAGGAAUUCUCCAUCAUCAAUGCAAACAUGGGCAAGUCAUCCUCUUCCCUAUGCAGUACAGAUCCUCAUGGUUAUCACAAAAUACCUGGCUCGGCUGCACCAUGUUCGCCCCUUGCUGGUGAUCCAGCAUGCAUGGGAAUGCCCCAUACCCCUGGCAAGCCAAUUUCCUCCUCCACAUCCAGGACUGCACAUCUACAAGGCCAGCCACUAGAAAACAUAGAUUACAAGACCAACCCUCAUGUGAAACCUCCUUACUCUUAUGCUACCCUCAUCUGCAUGGCAAUGGAAGCAAGCAAGAAAACAAAGAUCACCCUCUCAGACAUCUAUAAAUGGAUUACUGAUAAUUUCUGCUAUUUCCGGCAUGCUGACCCUACAUGGCAGAAUUCCAUUAGGCACAAUCUGUCCUUGAAUAAGUGCUUCAUCAAGGUACCACGAGAGAAAGAUGAACCGGGAAAAGGUGGUUUCUGGAAGAUUGAUCCUCAGUACGCAGACAGACUGAUGAACGGAGCUUUCAAAAAACGCAGGAUGCCCCCUGUGCAGAUACAUCCAGCCUUCACUGGAAGAAUCCAACAGGAGGCAAGUUCCAGUUCUUCAGCUCACCAAUCAGCAACUUCUUGGAAAAACAGCAGCAUUUUGAAGAUCAGUGCAGAAUCCCAGCAGCUGCUCAAAGAAUUUGAAGAAGUGACCAGCGACCAGAACUGGAACCCAGCUGAUGGAAAAAUGAGCCAUAAACGCAAGCAACCGCUGCCAAAACGAAUGUAUAAGGUAGCCCGCUUCUCCACCUCCCCUAUGCUUACUCAGGAAGAACAGACAGAGCUUGGCUCUCUCAAAGGUGAUUUUGACUGGGAGGCUAUCUUUGACACCACCUUAAAUGGUGAUUUCUCUACCUUUGAAGAUCUGGAAAUUACUCCUCCAAUCAGCCCAAUAACCAGGGAUGUAGAUUUGACAGUGCAUGGAAGACAUAUUGAUUGCCCACAGGAGUGGUGCCCAGCUGGGCAAGAUUAUGUGCUCACAGAAUCUAACCAGAGUAGCUUGGACUUUGAUGAAACAUUUAUUGCCACUUCUUUUCUUCAGCAUCCCUGGGAUGAAGGGAGAAAUGAUUACCUCUCAAAUUCUGUCAACAUGGAUCCACUGUUUGAACUCAAUGAUCCUUCUUUGCAAACAGAAAUGAAUGACUGGAGCAAUGCUGGCUGUCUUUAAUGAAAGACAGUUCCCUGAUUGGAAGGUUCAAGAUUAACCAACUCUAAGAACAAGAUGGUCCCAGAGCUGUAGGACUUGACAAAAGGAAGAAUCCAUGAACAAAUGAGACAGCUUUAGUAUUGGGACCCACUGUCUCACUGAAAAGUUAGGAUGGGGGAAAAAGAAGAUCUGGAUAAUUGGGCUGGAUGUAUCUAAAAGUAACUCAUUUGAAAUGGGGAACUCUAUACCCCAACAGAUAACAAAUAAUAAUAAUACAGUGUCUAUUUGUGUUCUUUUAAAGAAAUAGAGGUUUUUCUAUUUGGGGCUAGAGGGAAAUGAAAAGGGGAUAAUUUCUUUGUGGGAGAAGGGAGGAUAUUUGAAGAGGUUGGAAGAGCAGGCCUUUUCUGGUGAUUAGGGUAUAUUAGAUCACCUACCGUUUCCUCUUCCUUCUUUCUUUCGUUUCUUGGGUAAGUGUUUUUCCCAAGGAAGAUUUCUAGUUAAAACAUGGGACAAUCUAACAGGAAAGUACAAUUUCCAUCUCUGUUCAAGGAGUUGCAAUCACCUGUCUACCACACUAGGUCAAUUUAGAUUUUAAAACUUAUACGCUCUAAAAUAAAUCAGUAAGUCAAAUUGUUUCAAGCUUUUAAAACAGAAGCUAUUAUCUAUCUAUAGACCUGUAAUGGAUGUUAUAUUUUUAGCUACAGAAGGCACAAUCAGUAGAGUAUUGGGUUGGGGAGGGAGGGAGGAGUAUUUGUAAUAAUGGAAAUUCAGAUUGAAGUGUAUCAAAUGCUUGUUAUUCAGAAGGAAAUAUAAUACGUAAGUGGGAACAUCUGCCACUAGAUUUUUUUUAAAAAAUCUAUACACAGGACUUGAUUUAUUCUAGAUGUUCCUUUUUACUUAUUUUUGUAUCUAAAAUACUUCUUGACUGACUCUGUACGCUGUAAUACCUAGACAUAAAAGUCAAAGUAGGUAAACCCUCGGAUGUUAACGUUUAUUUUAAAAACAUUAUACCCUUUUAUAAGUAGAAGCUUAUGAAAGGAUUUGUGGCAUGCUUCAACAACUCAGUCGUCAGCUCAGUUGACUGAUUAUGUAGGGCUCUAUUUUCUUGUCUUUUGGUCAACCUUCAGAAUUGCUAAAACAUUUCUCUGCCUUACGUUAUGCCUUGUCUUAUGUGACUCACCAACCAGUGGCAAUGUAGAACCGAUUAAGCAAACCAAAACAACUCAUAAUUGUCAUGUUCUUUUGGGUUUCUAGACUAAAGCGGAACACUAUAGAGCACUAUAUGUAUAGCAGAAAAUAUAAAAGAAAGGACAACUUAAAACUUCACUCUGAUGAAAUUGCUUUUGCUUUUGAUCUAGAACUGAACUUUCUUGUCAUCCAACUAGGCACUUUGUGCCUAAAAUCAGCUGUCAUAAUAGCCUUUGAAUGUAUUCAAAUAAAGUAAAAUGAGGAUAUUUAGGAUAGUUUUGGAAAAUAUGUCUUGAAAAGUAAUAGCCUUAUUAGAGACACCACAAUGGUAUUUCAUAGAUGUUAAUUUUUUAAAGGAGCUGUUCAAUGGGUCCAUUCAGGUUAAGGCUCAGUGUCCAAAUAGAAUUUACAGCACUGAAAAAUUCUGCACCAUUUUUUUCUUGCUUAUAUUUCUUUAAAGCUGUUAACCUAAGUGCUACAAAAUGCAUUUUGAAAUAUUUAUGUUUUCAUACACUUAGUCUGUCCUAACAACCCUCUGGUGUAGAAAGUGUCACAUCCUCAGGGCAAAGGUUAUGGUGCUACAUUAUAGCAAAUACAAUGAUUUAUGUGUGAUUAAAAACACUCUUCUGACCAAAUCUGUACAAAGAAAACAAAAACACGUGCCUGAAAGAGCUAGAUUUGAAUAUUUUGCAUGCUCUUAAUUUUAGAAAUUGCCCACAUCAUGGAUGCACGUAUUAUCUUCUGCAGAAACAGAGAAUCUACAUUUAGAGCUUUGUAGAGUUGUGCCACAACUCACAUUUAAUCUGAACUCACAUUUAAUCUGCACAGAAAAAUGUAUUAUUAUUUUGUAAUACCUUCAGCACUACAAAACAGUUAUUUUCACAGUGAUCUCUCUCUCUCUCUCUCUCUCUCUCUCUCUCUCUCUCUCUCUCUCUCUCUCUCUCUCUCUCUCUCUCUCUCUCUCUCUCUCUCGAGAUUUCAAGGCCUUUCCAAGUCAGCUGGAGAGUGUGAGUGAGGCAUGCACAAUAAAUGCGAUUCUAGUUUGUUUUACACAAUUUCUCCUGAGGUUUCUGAUCAUGCAGCAUGAAAGUCAAUAGAUUGUAUUUGGAGGAAAUGCAGUAUUUUCCUCAAUGUGUACUGAGCAGUUUAGAAGAAAAUGGAUGACCAACUGGUAACUUCUAGAUUGCAUCCAUCCUCAGAGAUUAUUUGAUGUAGCCUCCAAGAGUCUGCAGGUUUUUGUGGCCUGCGCACAAAUUAGGUCUCUAUUUAAAGGAAAUAAAGUACAUGUUCAUGAUUCUUCUGGAACAACUUUGAGGCAUAUGGAAAAGGCUUGGAAAUAUUCCCUGAAAUAAACUUUCCCUGGUUUCUAUAUGGAAUCGGUAGUGCAAAAAAAAAUAAUUAUAAUACUAUUUCCCUUCACCCUAUUCAGCAUUACAUUUAUUCUUUGCAGCUUCCAGUAGCUGACUUUUCAAGAUCAUUUGGUCAUUAAGGAUUAUGGCAAUUUUAAGAAACUGGCUGUGCCAAUUCUAAAAUAUAGAAUUGCUUCACAGGUCUAAGGAACUGAAAAAGUAUAGUCACUGUAGAAUGAAGUACAUUCCUAUUAUUUCAUAACAGAUGUGGGAUCGCUGAUAAUAAUAGUGUUAGUAAAAAUAAUUAUGCUUCCUGGCAUUGAAUAAGAUUCAGCCCACAAUUUUAUUUGUUGUGGAAAAAUUGGAGGAUAUUUUAGCAUCAGAGGUAUCCCCAUUAUUGGGGCGGGAGGGGAACUGAUCUGAAAUCCAAGCUAUUAUUUUCAGAUUCUAACCCCUAUCCUUAAUCAAAAUUUAGUCAACUUACUGGUAAUUAAAAUAUUGGAAUUUUUAAAAAAUUUAGGGAAGGGGGAAUAUGUGAAUGAGAAAGAAGCUUUGCUGUUUAAACAAUAUGAGCAGUCUUAACCAUAUCAGAAGAUACAUGUACCUGAUUUUUUUAAAAUUAAAAAAUGGAAUAACUGCUGGAAAACCUCUAUUUUUUAGUAAGUGAUGGAAUAACAGAAUUUAAAACUAAUGUGAAAAUGGAAUUUAUGUGCAAAAUGGACCAUCUGUACAGCAUCAGUUUUGAAACAAUUGAGGAAUAGUAUGCCACAUUUAAAAUUAGGAAUAUUGUAAUUCCAUGAAUUCAGAUUUGAAAUUGGUUCAAUAAUAAUUGUGAUCUAUACAUAUUUUAGUCUUUUAAAAUCCUGUUGGUUUAACUAACUUUUCUACUGAGGUCAAUUAAUACACAUUGGAUCUGGCUUGGUCCAGCCCAAUGUUUUUUACCAUACGAUAUGGCACUUCAAAAUGCAGGCCCAUCCAUGACCACAUAAAGCAAAUAAUUUAAUACAUCUGAAUAAUAGCUUACCUUUCCCUUACCAAUAAUUGCAUAGCAAUGUAGUUUAGCAGGAUGUUUAAAGCUGCAACUUUAUGUACAUUUGCUGUCUUUAUAUUCAAAUUAAUUGGAGCUUUGCUAUUGAUUUCUGUAGGUUAUAUACAAUGACUCCAACCUAAUUUAGAAGCCUGUGAGAGUUGUAUAUUCCAAUUUAAAUGUUCUAAUUAGGUAAUCGAACUAGUGUUUAUUUUGUAAAUUUAGAAUCCUGAAUUUGUUUCAGCUCUUGUCAGCAAAAGCAGAUGCCAGUGAAACUGGUCUGUGUUUCUGGACUGACUGUUGCUUAAAACUCUGCUUCCAUUCUUCUUUUUGGAAAGUAAUAGUAAUAAUAAACAUAAUGUCAGCAUUUUGGACCACCGGCUGCUGUCAAGAUUAAGUGAAGUACUAUGGAGCAAAGCCAGUUUGCUACAGGAACAAGUCGAGAGCUCUCUCUGAAUGGCUAUAGUACAAAUGUAAAGCCUCUGUAAUGAUUCAGCCUCUUUAAUUCCCAACCAAGGAACUCUAAAAGUUAUAACUCUGUGAAUGGCAGUGAAUCUGUCAAUUACAUCUCUGCACCUGACAGAACUACAGUUCCAUGAGAAUUCUAACAAGAUACCGAAGAGUGAAAAUGAGUAAUUUCUAUACAGGGGGCUUUUAUGCUGUAAACAUACUGUUUUCUAUAGCAAGUCACACAUUGUAUUGCAUCCAGGAUUUCACACUGCAGUGAGUAGCAUGCUUUCGUUUUAGGCUUUGGGUUCAUAAAUUUACUAUAGCGCUGACAGAACUUGAGUCUGGUUUCAAAUCUGUCCCACUUUGUAGUUAUUUCUUCAGUCAUCGUUCACUUGUGAAAUUGCUCCAGGAGUGGGUUGAACUAUCAAAUCUGGAAAAGUGCACUGCACGUCUUUCAAGAACUUGGAAACUUACUAGCAAUUAAAUCUUACCAUUACUGGAUAUCAAACCAGACAUGGGGAAGGGGGGGGUGUUGGUUGGUUUUGCUUUUUCUUAACAUAAUUAUUUUCUUUCUGUUCCAUUUUAAUGGCUUGGAUUGGGGUUUGUUCCUAUUCAUGGUUGAAAAAUGGCAACAAUACGUGUGCAAUUUAACUAUGGAAAGCUGUUUGCUAUUUAAAAAAAAAUAAAAAAACCCACUGGUA